AGCCAGGCAUUGUGGUGUACACCUGUAGUCCUAGCUACUCAGGAGGAAGAUCCAAUGAGCUGAGGACUUCAAAGUUACAGUGAGCUAUGAUUGUGACACUGCACUUCAACUGGGUGACAGAGUAAGACUCUGUAUCCAAAAGCAACAUAAAAAAAAGAAGACUUAACCACACAAUAUAAGGGGUAAUGUAUAUAGUUUAUUAUCUUUAGCUCAAUUAUGUAAGCAACAAAUUACACAUUCUAUGAAAUAUGAUGCAAAACCCAAAUUUUGAACAAUUUUCUCUUUAAGGAAUUAGUGAAUUCCUUAGUCUGGUUGUGGUGAGCAGAAGUGUCCCCUUGUUGGUCAAACUAUAUAUGCUUCCCUAGGCUUCUGGGUCCUACCAUCUUUUAUUAUUCACAAAUCAUAUUCUGUGUUGAAUACUAUCAUCUCACCCAGAAAAAGAGUUGAAAUGUUUUCUUUCCUUUAUUGUGAAUUUUAAAUCAGAUAACUUGUGUCUGUGAAUUUGCAAUCUCUCAGCAAUUUCUUGAAAUUCAGACAUAAAUAUAGAAUCUUCAUCAAAUGUAUUUCUAGGGUUUUUAUUACAAUUAUUUGUCUUUGGAAAGAGCUUAGUAAGUUUCCCCUCCUCCAACAUAUGUGUUGCAAAACUGUCUGCUACAGAUGGCUUCUCUCUAGUGGGUUGGACUGGGGGUCUUUAUUCUGCAGUUAGUGACAUUUCAAGUCACGAGAGAUGCUUGCAGCCUUGACUUUUGGCAAGAGACAUUUCCAGAUUGGAUAUGAUCUUGGAAAGACUCGUCCUUUCUACAAAAGUCAUUGAUUGUAUGAUACUUUAUGUAGAGCAAUAAGAUUUUCCAGGAUGCAAAAGCUCAUGGUUUAACCAUUUACAGUACUUUACUUUCAUUAUGUAUUGGUUGCACAUUCUUCAGUAAAAGAUUGGAAACUUAUACCCAACCUAGCCAUGGAACCAGGAGAUAAUGAACAGGUAUAAAGGAGGAAGUGGUGGUAGAGACCAAAGGGGUAUGGGCUGAGUUUAGGGCCUGGGUGGAACAAGUCAGGGACAGAGAUGUGGCCCUGGGGCGUGUGAGCCCAGGAGAGGGUCCAUGUGCCCCUCACAUGUGGGUGGGCUCUCCAUAACCCUUGGGGCUGGUGUGUGACUGGAAGAGCAAAGCCUCAUCUGCCUAUUCAUCACAGCGGCUAUUCCUUUGCCCACUGAUUGCUAGGAGCAUCUGCAUCUGGGCCAUCAGAGGCAACACUGUUCUAACCAAGCCAUAUUGUCAAGAAUUAUAUUUAUAUUCUAAGAUUCUCUACUUAGAAUAUAAUUUUUAUUUUUUAUAAAAAAAAUUCCCAUGUGCCACCCAGGACUGUGCACAGCUCUGGGGAUAGGCAGACCUGGGUCAAAACCAACUCAUUUCCAAGCUGUGAGACCUUGGAUAAGUUAGUUAGCCUCGAGGCUCCUUAAAAUUCAUCUUUCCAUUCUCAUAGCAGGGAUAAUAAUAGUCCCUAAUUCAUAGGACUGUUUGGGGAUAAUUCAUGUAUAGGAUAGUGCCUUAAACAUAGAUGAUUAUAAUUUUAUCAUCACUAUCAUUAUUGUCAGGAAUAAUUUACCCCUUGCAUUGUGUCUACUCACUAAAUAAAGGAUCCGGGGUCACUAAUUCUCAGUUCAAAUGUAAAGGAUGCAGCAUGGUAGAAAGAAGCAGAUUGUUCUAGUCGUGGAACCUUCCAAAUUGACCCUACCAGCCUAUUACAGAUUAUGGUGUGUUUAUCCCUUCAUUAAAUGUGUAUAAUCAUGCUAUAGUGCAUAUUCACAAGGACAUUGUGAUAAACAUAUCAUAUGAGGAAUAAAUGUAUUUUUAUAAGUGUAAAGGGCUCUGAUAAUUUGGAUAUUGUUUCCAUGAUGUAUUCUGUCAUAGUAUUUUUUAGUACAGAGUAAAGUAGGCUCUGCUGAAAUAACAUUUUCUAUAGCAAAUUUUAUAUUUUUUAAAAAGUAUGUUUAAAAUGCAUUCCCAUAGCCCUCAUUAGCAAAUAGUGAUGUCACCAUUCCCUAUCUCAGUGAGAAGCACGAGCUGGUGCAGGAUCAUGAACUGGGAGCUGCUGAGUGAAAUGUGCUCAUCAUCAUGUUUAUCUGAUACAAGUGCACAGUGUGACCAACAUAAAUAAAGAUGGGGACGUCUACUCCAAUGUGUGGAUUUCUAUACUUUCCCUCCAAAACUGGUUAGAGUUGCUUUUCUGACUGGAGAUUUGUAAAGAAACUCCUCUGGGUGUCUCCACUGAUACCUCCCCAGUCUGAGUCACUGGCAGCUCUCACCUGGAUUAGUGCUUUAGCCUCCUAAUUGAUUUCUCUGCCUCUGUCCUCACUCUCCAUACCUGUCAUUUACUUGGAACUUAGUUCAGGCCAUGUCACUAUUUUGUUCAAAACCAGUGAAAAGUUUAAUUGCCUUUACUGAGAAAAAGGGAAAGACUUGAUUAGUGGCAUUUGCUGAUUUCUGUGGUGUAAAUAUUUCCAUAGUGGUUUAUUUUAAGCUACCAAUGUGAAGUCACAUUGGAGUUUGGAAGAUAUGCACAAGUGGCUCUGCUAAAACCAGUGUGAUCCAGCUUCAGAACACAGCUGAAAACACUCCCCGGUGACUUCCCGGGCCACUCAAAGUAAAGUCAUUAUGAUGACCAUGAGCCGAGCCCAGAUUUCCAGUUACAUCUUUGAUCUCACCUCUAUUAUCUUCUUACUAGUUCACCUUCUUUAUUACUCAGUUAUUUAAUUUGUAAGAUGGGAAUGUGUCUGUAGCAACAUGUCACAUAAAAUGUAUGGCAGCAUUCAGCAGUCUUAAGAAGAAAAACAUUUUAUAAAUCCAAGUUGGUGGGAACAUUGGCAGUUCCCCUAAUGUGACACACAGAUCACUGUCUUUCAUUGAGCUGGACAAAUUACUCAAUGACUGUCUCCCCACAAAACUGGAUGUGAACCAAAAUUUCUGUCACCUGAUUUACUGUGAAUAGCCUCGAUAUCUCUGCAGGGAAAAGAGAAGUAUUGCUUUGCUUGACUUUGAAGAUGACUUAAUAAGGCAAGAAUGAAUCAGUUGCCAUGAUCCAUUUAGUCACAUCAAAUCCAGUUCAUUGUGUAGAUUUGGUCACUAAUGCUUUACUCCGAGGUGACCAACAGUUCUGCUGGGUUCACCUUCUUGUCCCAAUUAGCCAUUCAUUUCUGCUCCAGAGCCUGCUUCCUGGCUUUAAAAAGAAGAUAGCAGUUAUCAAGAUAUGAAAUUUCCUUCCUCACAGAAAAUUAGGUCCUAGAGAGUAUGAGAGAGUUUUAAGGAAAUUAUUUGCAUAUAGGCCUUCCACAUAUCUUUGUCAUCUCAAGCAUAGGUGGAGAAGUAGGGCGAGGCCACGAAGGAAGCUACGUGGGCAAACACUUCCGCAUGGGAUUCAUGACAAUGCCUGCUCCUCAGGACAGACUGCCCCAUCCUUGCUCCAGUGGCUUUUCCGUGAGAUCGCAGUCCCUGCACUCGGUUGGGGGCACAGAUGACGACAGCAGCUGUGGCUCCAGGAGGCAACCACCACCCAAACCCAAGCGGGACCCCAGCACCAAGCUGAGCACCUCCUCGGAGACGGUGGACAGCACAGCAGCCAGUAAGAGUGGGAAACCCCCCGAGAGGACGGAAGUAUCGACCAAACCAAGACCCCACAGUGAUGAAUAUUCCAAGAAGAUUCCUCCACCCAAACCGAAACGGAAUCCAAACACCCAACUUAGCACAUCUUUCGAUGAAACGUACGUCAAAAAGCACGGGCCCAGGAGGACGUCCCUCACCCGGGAUUCCUCCCUGUCCCAUGUCGGCAGCCCCGCAGGAGACCCCGAGGAAGAGGAGCCCGUGUACAUCGAGAUGGUGGGGAACAUCCUCAGAGACUUCAGGAAAGAGGACGACGACCAGAGCGAGGCCGUCUAUGAGGAAAUGAAGUACCCCAUUUUUGACGACUUAGGCCAAGACUCCAAAUGUGACUUUGACCAUCACAGUUGUUCUUCACAGUGUGCUACUCCCACGGUGCCUGACUUGGACUUCGCCAAGUCCUCAGUGCCAUGUACUCCUAAGGGUUUGCUUUGUGACAUCCCCCCGCCCUUCCCCAACCUGCUUUCCCACAGACCCCCGCUGCUGGUGUUCCCUCCGGCCCCUGUGCACUGCUCCCCCAACUCUGACGAGUCUCCGCUGACCCCCCUGGAGGUCACCAAGCUGCCCGUGUUGGAAAACGUGUCUUACAUGAAGCAGUCGGCUGGAGCGUCUCCGUCCUCCCUGCCGUCUCACACCCCCGGCCACGCUAAACUGGACAAAGACCAGACCGGAGCCCUGGGACCUGCUUCUGCCACUUCCGCGCUGUCCUCGUCUCCUCCGCCCCCGUCCACUCUGUACCGAACCCAGUCUCCGCACGGCUAUCCUAAAAGUCAUUCCACCUCUCCCUCCCCGGUGAGCAUGGGGAGGUCCCUGACGCCCCUCAGCCUCAAAAGGCCUCCCCCCUACGACGCUGUGCAUUCGGGCAGCCUCUCAAGGAGCUCUCCAUCAGUGCCUCAUUCCACCCCCAGGCCAGUGUCGCAAGAUGGCGCCAAAAUGGUCAACGCCUCGGUGAAUACGUACGGGGCGGCGGCCCCGGGCGGCUCUCGCUCGCGAACACCCACCAGUCCUCUGGAAGAACUGACCAGCCUCUUUACCUCAGGACGGAGCCUGCUGAGGAAGUCGUCGUCCAGCGGCCGGCGCUCCAAGGAACCCGCGGAGAAAUCAACAGAGGAGCUGAAAGUCCGAAGCCACAGCACGGAGCCAUUACCAAAGUUGGACAACAAGGAGAGAGGCCAUCAUGGGGCAUCUUCCUCCAGAGAGCCUGUCAAAGCUCAGGAAUGGGAUGGAACACCAGGUCCACCUGUGGUUACCAGUAGAUUGGGAAGAUGCUCUGUGAGCCCCACCUUGUUGGCAGGAAACCAUAGUUCAGAGCCUAAAGUCAGCUGCAAAUUAGGCCGGUCUGCGUCGACCUCAGGUGUGCCUCCUCAGUCCGUCGCUCCUCUCAGGCAAGCCAGCGACCUGCAACAGAGCCAGGUGGCAUGCAUGCAGUGGUUUCAUGGAGACCAUACAAUGCUUGAGAUGAUUGAGAAAAAGCGUUGCCUGUGCAAGGAAAUAAAGGAUAGACAGAAAACGGAAAAGGGCCUUUGCAAACAGGAUAGCAUGCCUAUCCUACCCAGCUGGAAGAAGAAUGCAGGUGCAAAGAAGUACAGCCCUCCACCCUAUUCUAAACAGCAAACGGUGUUCUGGGAUACUGCCAUAUGAGUGCGCGCAGGAGGUGUGAGCGCCACAGUACUCACUGCGAAGAGGGAGGUCGACUGGGUCAUGUGAUAAUUAACUGUUACGUAUCUUCUCUGUUGGAGUGGAAUGCCGGGGGAAGCUGGGCCUACCCGUGGCAAGUUCAAGAUAAAAUGAAUAUGUCCUUGCAAUGAAGGCACACUUAUUUAUCCUGGAUUAUUUUGAAUCCAGAAGAUAUUGAAAUGUACAUAUUUUACUAGUUUAUGGGUGACACCUGAAAUGAUACACAUUAUACGUAUAUAAAUUACAGAAAUAUCAAGAGUUUACUAUAUGAUAUAAUUUCGGUAUUAACUGGUUUGCUAUCUCUUUUAUAUGUAAUCCCUUGAUGCCUUUUAUUAUUAAUUUUUGCAUUUAAAAUGUUGUUUUUCCCUUGCCCAUAUUUGGCUUCUGUACAAGAGCUCACAGCUAUAAAUCAUGUUCAAUCACAUAAUAUAUGAUCUGGUGCUAGUAAUGUAGAAGUUGAAUAUCAUAUUUGUUAAGAGCAUCUGUUACUUUUUUAAGUUUUUAAGGAUUUGACAGGAAAUGAAUGCAAAUGUGAUGCUUAAUUUGGACUUCCAAGCUACAUUGACACCAAUAUUUUUGCUACAUUGGCUUUAUAAGAAUUUCUCUUUGAUAUCCUCUUGUUUAUACUAAUCAGUGGUGAGUCAGACUCCAGAGAAAGUUAUUAGGAUAUAUUUGGACAUCCCAGCAGAAAACAUUUUCUUUAGAAAUGACUUUAGGGACAUGUGUCCUUGCAUCAUUGAUCUGAUUGCAGGAGACCAGGGUUCACUGUGACAAUGGAAGGAACGAGGAAUCAAAAGCUGAUGAGCGUGAUGACUUUCAGGAAAGUGGGACCAGUGGCAUUAUGGCCACCAUAGUCACUAUUUUUAAGUAACUUUUCACGUGUAUGCUUGCUUCCCCUAGAAAAUGAGAAAUAAACAUCAAACGACACCAGUUUGCAUCGUUUAGUACACUAAAUGCCAAUCUUUCUCAAAAUUUAGGUUCAUUAAUAGAAAGUAUUUCUUGUCAAUUUUUUUAAACUAGUUAUCACCACAUUUUUGGGUCAUAAUCUUCUGCUCAUGAUCAUCUCACCCAUUCUUACUGAUUAUGACACCAUGACCAAAGAAUUAUGACCACUUCUUAUUUUAUUUUGUUUUAAGGAAGAAACAGGAAAUACAGGGGAUGGGGGAUGGGGUGGAUUCAAUUUUAUGUGGUGGUAAAAUUUAAGUUAAAAAAAAAUCAUAUAUAUCUUUUAAGAGUAACUUGUUAAUUGAAUAUAAAUAUUGCCACGGAUGAAUAAAAAAGAAACUAUUACAUAUAUUUUGUAUAUUUAAAUUACUACUAUUUAUGCUUCCAAAAAUUGACAGUAUGUGGUUCUUUGUUAACAAUCAAUUUAGUAUUAUAUUUCUGAGAGAAAAAGUGUGUGUUUGAAGUUAUUGUCAUAGUGGUUUUCCUUGUAAGGGUAUUGACAGCAAUAGUUCCGUGCUGCUCAAUAAAGCCAAAUAUAUAACAGGAGUUAGAGAAUUUUUGUAAUCUAUAUUGCUAAAAACCUAGUAAUGCUUUAUUGGUAAUGGUUUCUUUCAAAAGCCUUUGCAAUGUUAUAACAUAAUUUUUUAAUGUUUUAUAAUUAAUGUAUAUUUUGAUGUCCAGUCAGAAUUCUGGAAGAAUAAGGACAAAGGUAAGUGGGAGCAUGUGUAGGGUGUGCCUGUGUGUGUGUGUGUGUGUGUGUGUGUGUGUGUGUGUGUGUGUGUGUGUAUGACUGCUCACUGGGAGAAUUGUAUACAUGAAAUUCUUAUUGAGGUUUUAGGUUUUGCGUGUACAAUUGAGGUGGUAAGAAGGCAGACUCGCAAGUGCAGGAUAUCACAGAGGGAUCUUAAGUAGCUUAAAUAAAUCCUGCUGCCAUGUUUCACACCAGGUAUAGGUUAUGUUUCAAACCCAACAACCAAUGGAGCACAAAUCUAGGAGUGAUGAAAUGUGUUAAGAUACAAUCAGAAUGGAAAUCAAAGGUGUUUGUGAUCCAAGUUGUUAUCCUGAUUUAAGGUAUUAUGACCACAUGUACUUAAGCCAAUCAGUCAGACACAAGACAUCAAUUCUCAGCUUCUUUAUGAAAUUGGUACAUAUAUAUUCAGGCUCAGUGUGUAAUGAUUACCCUUCCCCUAAAAUUUAUAUUUAGGCAACAUCUUUCUGUGGGAAGAUGCAGGUGUGUUUUUCAGAUGUCAGUCUUUCCCAUAUCUGUGAAGUAGGCAGAAGAUAUUGUUUUGAAUGCUGGCCACUCAUCAAGAAGGAAACAGAGGUACUAUAAUAACAUGAUUUGUGUUGGAUUCAGCCAUUCCCAUCUGUUCUGUCAAACUCAUGCUACUGCCAGUUCUCAUACACUCCUCUUUGAAAUGUGUUAUUUUCUGAGGAGGUAACUUGCUUGAAAAUUUGAACUUAGGCAACCAUUUCCAUUUAUUUCUACGAAUCUCUCCUUAAGUGGGAAGUAACUGAAAGAUCUGGAAAAGUGGCUUCCCUGAGAUUUGACUCAAGAACUGUUAUUCUGUGCCUAUACAAUUGUCCACCAGGGCAAUAGUCGUUCUAUAAUCGAUUUCCUCUUUGUGUAGUGUUUCUACAUGUGGAGAAAAAAAGUCAUUAUUGUAUAGGGAAAAAUAAGCGGACUCUGGCAGUGAUCAAUCAGGACACUUCAAUAGAUGAAUUUGGUCAGGAGAUAACCUCCAGCCAGGACACUAUGCCAUGAUAAAGCUCAUAUUUCUAGCAGUGCCAAAGAACAAAUCAUAUCAUGGCAUGGUUAUCAGGUUGCAAGAGCUCAAACCUAUGAAAAAUGGUCUUUUCACAGCAAAUGUUAUAGAAACAGAAUUUUAUUGGCUGUCAGUAAGAUGCUUUUAUCUGUGAAACACUUCUUAGCAGAGAAGAAAUAAAUUUCUUUAGAGUUGAUGGAAGGAAAAAAUAAAAUCCUACAUUUCUUUUCCCAUUCACAGAAGCCAGCAUCUUCUGAGAUAUAAUGGUAGCCCUUUAGAUGGACACUGCAGACAUUUCUCCUGUCUUUAUGCUACAGAAGCAUAAAGUGACAAAUUUGUGUAAAUGAAUGUUAAUGCCCACUCAUAUAAAAUAAUUAGGAAUGUAAAGCAAAACAUUAAGAGAUAAAAUUUGUCAUUUUUAAGAAUAUACACAUCCAAAUACAUGGCAAUUGUCUGGAGACAACUGGGUAUAACUUUACUUUUCAAAGUAGUGACAAUAUUUCAAAAUAGUGACAAGGUUUCUUUGACUAUUGCUAAAAAACAGAAAAGAUGACUUUUCUUAUUGCACUUUGCCGUAGGUCUUGUCUGUACAUGGAAUUUAGUUUGAUUCAUUUGAAUGAGUUUGAUAAAUAAGUCAAUACAACUGAACAUUGUAUUGUUUUAAAUAAUUAAAUUAAGUAAAACAAUGCACAUAAAAAUGCAAUUUUAAUGUCAUUACAUAUUAAGACGGCUCAGUUUUCUAACGUAGAAAAGAGCUUGUGAGAUAUGCUUACAUGUGAAAUUAAGAAAAGAUUCUAUGAUUUAAGCGGUAAGUAAUCUGAGAGAAUUUACUCUUGUGAAAGAAUAGAAGUAGAAUAGUAUAGCGAUUCACAAUUCAUUCUGUCCCAAACUUAAAUGGAAAUAAAAGAAAAAUGUUACCUGUAGUAUUCAUGAGUAUCUCACUAUAUCUUCCAUCCAUGUGAAAAUAGAUAAUUGUAUAAUGUGGACAAUUUGUUAUUAAUCUAUUAUUUAUUUAACAGUUCAUUAUUGACCAACUUAUGUAUCAGUCAUGUUUACAAAUUUCUGAAGCACUUGGCAUUAAACAUUGAAAAAGAUGUGGUCCCUGCCUUCAAGGAGCUUAAUUAUACAAUCAUCAAUAUUUUCAAAAUAAAACCGAUUGUUUUUAAGAAUAUGUACAAUUUCAUGUGUGUUCAACAUCUCUUAUGUGUUUAUAUAAGGCAUUCUCUUUUUUUCAAGUGUACAGUCGAAAUAAAAUACUAAAACAUACUAAAUUUAAUAUCUAGGUAUGAAAUAUGUUUAUGUGUAAGCCUCUAUAUGUACACAUAUGAUAUGUACUGCUGUCUUUGUAAAACAGUAAAAGGAUAACACGUUUUGCCAUGUUGGACUUGAACAUUAUGGCUUGGGGUUUGGAUGAUUUAAAACCCUUUGAUAUUUGGGUCAAUUACAUUGCAGCAAAAUGUGUGUAACAUAGAAAAAUGUGUAAUUUACAUUUCCCUUUAAAUGUUUUAAAGUUUCAAAUUUGAGUGAAAACAUUUUUAAAGAAAUAUUGUUGGAUCUAUCUCAGUCAAACAUGUGAAAAUCUUUUCGAAGUAUUCAAUUGUUCCCAAAUAUAACUGGGUUUGCCCACCCUAAAAGCAUCUACAUUUACACAUGUAUACAGCCACAUACAGUAUACAUACUGUAUAUAAUAUAUAUGAAGAUGUUUAGUAUGCACUUCUUUUGUUUGGAAUUCAUUAAGUUAACAUUUAUAGUGUAGCAAUUUGUGUAAAGUGCACUGUGAUUAUAAAAAGCAAAGCACAGUAAAGUCACAGGUCUUGUUAUCUUGCACUAAAAAUGUGUUUACGUAUUUAGCAAUUGUAUGUUUACUUUCUUGCUCUUUUCAAACAAUUGAAACAAAUAGCUAUGAGAAAAUGAAAUAAAAUAAUAUGUUUUUUAGUGGAUAAUGGCACUACAUUUUUGAAAGACAGGGUUUUUAAAGAAAACCAUUUAACAUCCAUUCCAAUAUAACAUGUUUACCAUAUCUAAAAAUCUGAAUGUGAUAUUGCAUUUUUCAUAAUUCAUUAGAAAUGUCAGGUAUGUGCCUGAAAAAUUGUGCAAAUAAGCAUUAGAUAACAGAUUUCUCUACUCAUGUGUUACUAGCCAUUUCUAUAUGCAUAAUAAUAUAAACACUGAUGUUUUAAUGUCUCUUAAUUUUUGUACUUGAUUUUUUUAGGUAACAUGUAAUUAUAAAUGUACUUUGAUACUACUGAAGUAACCAGAUGUUGUUUGAAAACAAUUUGUUUUCUUUAGUGCAUUGGCAAUAUUUUACAAUACUUUUGUGCUUAUUUAUUUGUGCUCCCGUGUAAUUAUAAUAAAAGCAAUAGUUUAAAUU